UGGAGCUGUGUGAAAAUGGAUGUGAAGGAAAUCUCUUGUCCGAUUUGCUGUGAAAUCUUCAAGGCUCCUGUUCUUCUGUCGUGCAGUCACAGUUUCUGCAAAGAGUGUCUUCAACAGUUCUGGACAACCAAGUGCACUAAGGAGUGUCCUGUCUGCAGGAGAUCCUCAAGAGAUGAUCCUCCAUGUAAUCUUGUGUUACAAAACUUGUGUGAGUCGUACCUAAAGAAGUGGGGAAAUAAGAGGAGACGCUCAUCAGAGUCUGAGGACGACUGCAGUUUACACAAUGAGAAACUCAAGCUCUUCUGUCUGGAGGACAAACAGCCUGUGUGUUUAGUGUGCAGAGAUUCACAAAAACACAUCAGUCACUCAUUCAGACCUAUCAAUGAAGUAGUUUCAUCGCAUAAGGAAGAGCUAAAGUCCUUGCAAGAGAAACUUAAACGUAGAGAGAAAUUUAAAGAAGAGUGUGUGAAAACCCUUAAACACAUUCAGUCUCAAGUGGAGCAUACAGAGCGUCAGAUUAAACUGGAGUUUAAGAAGCUUCAUCAGUUUCUCAGAGAUGAAGAAGAAAUUGCAAUCACUGCUUUGAGGAAGGAACAGGAGCGGAAGAAUCAGAUCAUGCAGGAGACGUUUGCGGAGGUCAACGGGCACAUCUCGGCUUUUUCACACACAAUCAGAGACUUGGAGAAGAUGAUGAAUGGCAGUGAAGUCUUGUUUCUAAAGAACUUUCCAGACGCGAUGGAAAGAGUUAAGAGCGUACAGUCGGAUCCACAGCUGGCUUCUGGAGCUUUGAUUAAUGUGGCACAGUACCUGGGUAACCUGCCAUUCAGAGCCUGGAAGAAGAUGCAAGACAUUGUCCAAAACACUCCUGUGAUUCUGGAUCCAAACACAGCUCAUCCAGAACUCCUCUUGUCUGAUGAUCUGACCAGUCUGACAUGCAGUAAGAACAAACAAUCGCUUCCUGCUAAUCCAGAGAGAUUCGACGAGCAUUGCUGUGUUCUGGGUUCAGAGGGGUUUAACUCGGGAACACACAGCUGGGAUGUGGACGUCAAAGAGAGCUCAUCCUGGUCUCUUGGAAUAACUGUGGCAUCAAACCAGAGGAAGGGAUAUGACUUCUUUGACAGGGGUGUGUGGAGUGUGCAGUACAGACUGUACGAAGAGGCUGGUCUUCCUGUCGUGCAAAAGCUGGAGCGGGUGAGAGUUCAGCUGGACUGUGACAGAGGAAAAGUGUCGUUCUCUGAUCCUGUAACGAACACAAAUCUAUACACGUUCACAACCACCUUCACUGAGACCGUGUUUCCUUUCUUUUAUAGCUUUUCUCAUCUGAGGAUUGUAUAGUUGAAGUGUUUGUUAAAGUUAUCCAUGUAGAUUUGAUAGAUUGGCUCCUCAAACUGUCAGGGAACAUUUCUUAAAAGAAAAUAACAUGUUUUUCUUAGUAUGAGUGUGAAAUGGAAUAGAAAGAUUCCAUGGAUGUUAAAGGUCAAGGUUCAGUAAGAAUACAUCAUAGUUUUGUUAACUAGAUAAUUGUUUUCACUGCCUUAUGUGUAUAUAUGCUUAUGCUCGCAUGUAAUUAAAUAAAGAUCACAUUUGCAUCACUUGUGAUGUUUAUUGAUCAGGCUUGUAUGCCACCGCAAAGCUGAGACUGAAAAAACUGAUGGCAU